AAUUCGAGGAAGAAGACAUUGUUUACAUCCCUCAGACUUCCGGGUUUGAGCUGUGGUCAUUCAUUACUGCUAAAUAGCAUGAAUUUGUCUGUCUGCUGUUAUGGAGACGCUUCUAUCUAAGCUCCCCGACAAACAUGUCCUCUUCCCGGCCUCCUUUGCUCUCCGACUGGCUUUGGUGGCUUAUGGAGACUACCAGGACAGAACUAUGGCGGUGAAGUACACGGAUAUAGACUACCAUGUGUUCACAGAUGCUGCCAGGUUCAUCACACAGGGCGAGUCUCCGUACAAUAGGUCGACCUACCGCUACACGCCUCUGCUGGCCUGGCUUCUCACCCCAAACAUCUACGCCGGCGUGGUGUUUGGAAAGAUCCUCUUCAUUUUGUGUGACGUGCUGUCAGGACUGCUCAUCUACAGGACUCUGAGUUUGAGAGGUCUAGACUGCAAGACUGCAACCUCUGUGUGUUCUCUUUGGCUUCUUAACCCUCUGCCGAUGGGAGUGUCGAGUCGGGGGAACGCUGAAUCCGUCCUGGCAGCUCUGGUGCUCGGGACUUUGCUUUGUAUGGAAGCCAGGCAUCUGGUGUGGGCAGCCGUGCUCUACGGCCUGUCGGUUCAUAUGAAGAUCUAUCCCAUAACGUAUGCCCUGCCCAUUGCUCUGAGCCUGAGAGCGCCGGCGGCGGGCCCAGCGGAAGGCAAACCGACGCAGAUGCGGAAGAAGUGUGUCCUAUUUCUCGGAAGCUUCCUGAGCCGCGACCUGAUCCUCUUCGGAAUUGUGGCCGGGGGAGUUUUCUCCGUGUUCACGGCACUCUUCUAUUACAUGUAUGGUUGGUCGUUUCUUCACGAGACGUACUUGUACCACUUGACAAGAAGGGACAUCAAGCACAACUUUUCACCGUACUUCUACAUGCUUUACCUUACUGCAGACAGCAGGGGGAGCCAGUGGCUCGGCCUGGCAGCCUUUCUGCCGCAGCUGGUCCUGCUGUUGGUGGCGUCCUGGAGCUUUCACCAUGACCUGGCGUUUGCCUGUUUCCUCAAUACGGCCAUCUUCGUCUCCUUCAACAAAGUGUGCACUUCACAGUACUUCCUGUGGUACCUGUGCUUGCUGCCUCUGGUCAUCCCACACCUGACUCUGUCAGUGAAACAGGGUCUGGGUCUGCUGCUGCUCUGGUUCGCUGGACAGGCUCUCUGGUUGGCCCCCGCCUACUUUCUGGAGUUUGAAGGCCUCAACACUUUUGUCCUGGUCUGGCUCGCCGGAUUGAUGUUCUUGGUGGUCAACUGUUUCAUCUUGAUUCAAAUCAUAACGCAUUACAAACCCAAACCCCCUUCACCGAGACCGAAGGCCGAGUGACGCUCCAUUGCGUUGAAACAGGAACAUUUAAACUGCAAAAACACAAAAUCUUACCAAGUAUCUUUGGUUCGGAAAUAGCUUGGUACACUUGAAAUAUUUUGAUAGUAUUAUGACUUUAUAAUUGUCUAGUACAUCCUGAUACUCUGUCAUCUAUGUACUGUAGAAACUAGACCACAAAUACUUGAUAAAAAUGUAUUUUUUUUGCACACAUUAAACCAACCAGGACUCAAGCAGAGAAGACGCACCAGUAAAAAAAAAAAAACAUUUGUAUUUUACUCAGUUUCUCUCAGCUGUCUUUUCAUAGACUUCCUUCACUAUAAUCUAAAUCAUGUUGUCGGAGAUCAGUCAUAUAUUGUAUAAAAGCCUCAGCUGGAUUAUCAGUUAUCCUGAGUUAAACCCUUGGAUUACAUGCUUAUGUUGGCAGGCCGAAGCACUUAGAUUCACAGCGAUGCACAGACUGCAAACAAUUACCACUCUGCUGUGUGUGGCCUAUAAAAUCUUUGACAUUUGCCCCCAGAAUAACAAGAAUUAGCAGAUUUUCCUAACCUGUUAUUGGGAGCAAAAUACAGAUUAUAAAUGCAGUGUUGGAGAAUUUCCACGUGUCUUCUUAGAAACUGAGUUUUACACACUCCAGGGCUAAUUUAGAAGCCAGUUUUAUGCUGGAGCUGUUUGACUUUGCGUAGGGCUUAAUGCUGCUGCUCACUUGCAGUUCUUGAACAAGGAAGGGGCGCUGUGCAGACCGGAUUAAGUUCAGGUAAAUCUGAGCUAAAUCGUGUCAUGGUGACCUGGAUUCUGACCUACAAGUCGUGCUUUGCUUUUCCACAGACAAUUAAUAACAUUCAGAUGAUAUUCGCCCUGCAAACACAUAUAAUUCAAGGCAAGGGUCCCAGUUCAUGGCAAAGGGUGGGGAGGUGUUGAUCAGAACAAGCUUCGCCGCAGCUGCAGUUCACAGUUUUCACCACUAGGCUGAAGCAUUUGCCAGCGAAACGGAGCUUCAGAGCUCAGGCGUUUGUGUAAGCCGCACAGAUUAAUCAGUCAACUGGAGCAUGACUACGACUCAAAACAAACAGUGGUUCCCUUAAUCUCGCCAUACUUUCCCCUCCUAAUCUCGCGUGGAAAUCCUCAAAGCGUUCACUUCGGCCCCGCUGAUCCAGAGUGCCGCUGCUGCUGCGGCCCGAGGGCUGACACCAGGAGGAUACAAUUUACGAGAAAAUAAUACGUGUGCCUUGCUUGUCGUCGAUGGCGGGAAAGGGUUGCAUUUGUGGUGUUUUUCCAGAAACGUUUAUCUAAGUGACUUGGUGUGUGUGUGUGUGUGUGUGUCCCAUGUGGGGCGUGCGUGUUCGGGACUGACUCACGGUCAGCUGCGGCCUGAAUACCCGGUUUAUGAAUCACCGGGUUGCACUGAGUAACCUUCCAGCUGCCUUUGGGCCCAUACCCAAACCAUUUUCAUUCUUAACCACCGUCCGUCUGAAUACCACAACAUUCUGGAUUUUAUUUUUAAAAAGGAAUCUGUUGACUGUAACAAUGCCUCCUCAAACCGGUGGUGUAUUUUCUAAACGAGACGCGGUGCGUUCCGUCGGUACUAAGAGGUCACGAGUGGAAACGCCCCGCUGAAGUUGCUGUUCUCAUUCAGAAACAAAAUCCAAAAUGGCUUCCACGUGGUUAUUAAUAUUUGCCACAAUUCACUGUUGGUCCCUUCCUCAAGUCGCCCCUACCCAGCCUCAUGAACAUGUUGCUGUAGUGUUGGAGUUUACAUUAUGUUAAAUACUUUGUCGUUUGCAUUGCUAGCGCCUAGUUAGCCUUGUACCUUAGCACUUCCAUUAGCAAACAUGAUUAAGUGGAAUAUUAUGUCGUUUUGGGAUUCAAAUUUCAACUUCCGUGAUUGAGUAGACGUUCCCUGAAGCUUGCUUCAAUAAAUAGCAAAUCCUCCAAAGACUCUGAAGUAAAGUUUUUUUUAAUUUUUAAUUUUUACAUAUGGUAGCGAUCACACUAAUGCUAAUUUGGUAAUAGUGGAGCAAAUUCUUUUUUUAUUUAGCCUAUUCAUGUUUUUGCUCAAUUUCAAAACGUUUAGUACACUUAGCGUCCUGUAAAUCAUUAAAAUCAAGCGCUUACUAGUAGCGAGUAAUUUAUUUCUAUGUUAUGUAGGCAUAAUAUACAGUGAAAUGUAAAAGUCAUUCUGUUGCCGGUGUUGCAGCACUCGGGAGGAAAGCAGCAUCUGUAAAACCUUUUCAUGCUUAACAGCAGAAGGAGUUUCCUCAAAUGUUCAGGGUGAGUUCUUGGUCAGUAAUGUCUGACCACCAGCUCAUUCUUUGUCGUCAUGGUAACCACACUGCCAGAUGGUAGUUUUCACCGUUUUUGUCAUGGCGUUGUUUUUUUUUUAUCAGACCUGAACCACUCAGAAGAAGUAAAUAAUCGGUUAUUUACAGCCUCAUAAUGUAUUUGGCUACUUAAACGGACUUUUGUCUCCUUUAGGUCAGAGCUGCACCUGACCUGCCGAUCCAGAUUUUGGCCGAAACCAAUUUUUAUAUUUUUUAUUAAAACGUCCCUAAACACAGAUACAAAGCUGCUAAGUUGGCAUCACUGGUGUGAUUAUUUUUAGAUUUUAGUGAUGAAGGUGCUUCUGAUCAGAGGGAGGGAUAACUCUGAUGAAAAGAGGGAAAACGUGAAUUCAUCCAUAACCCCAUUGCAAAAAUCCCAUCUUUUCCUCAUGUUUUGCGGCUUUAGUUUUUACUCCAUUGUCUUUUUGUAUCGCAUACAAAAAGCACAGCCUAUACUUAACACGUUCCAUUCCUGGAAUAUGUUCUGAACGUUGUAAAAGGUUUUAAAACUACAUUUUUAUGGAACCACAAGAGUGUGUUUUUUUGUUUGUUUUUUUUUUUUUAGUUUGGAAAAUGAUUUUAUGGACGCAGAAAUAUACUUUGGACUGGGCCUUGGUCUGAUUUGCUCUAAAUGCUGCACAACCUUUCUUUACCCAAG